CGGGUACAUGGCCUACAGAUACGCCCAGCCUACUGCUGCCACAGCUGCUGCUUACAGUGACAGCUACGGACGAGUGUACGCUGCCGACCCGUACAGCCACGUGCUCGCACCCCCAGCCUCCUACAUGGGGGCCGCCAUGAAUGCUUUCGUCCCGCUGAGUGAUGCCAAGGGGCGGAGCCAAGGAGCGGGGGAGGAGCUGGGGCUGGUCCUCUCCUCUCUACAGGCCAGCCUCUACCGUGGCGGCUACGGCCGCUUCGCCCCCUACUAG